GCGAGAUUCGGCGGGAUGGACAAAAAAUAAAGCAGAAUGAGUGGAAAAAACACGCACUGGAAACCCAGAGUGACAGUACAGAGGGGUGUGUGUGUUCAAGGCGGGCUAGACUAACAUACAUGUACAUGGAUGAUCUUUCUUCUUACUGUUUUGAGAUUGUUCUGGAAUAUUUACAUCUGUAACGUUGAUUAUUUAAUAACAUAUAUUUUUGGAAGGACAUUUUUGUUUCUUUAAUAUUUAUUGGAUAAGGGCUAUCGGGAAUGUGACUCUUGUAUUGCAUCUACGGAUCUUACACUUCACUGGAAGUAGACACGUGUGACAGUGGCAUGUGUGGAUAAAUGUCAGUGGACUUAAGAUCGCUUUGUGUUUUGAUUUCAAGAACUGCAACAUUGGAUGUUUUAAACUCAUUGUCCUUGGAAAAGCGGUGAACACAGUUGACAUGGCCAACAUGAAGUCUCGCAGUGAGGAUGAGGAUGAUGAACGUCAUUCUACAGACCCUGACAGCAGAGACCCCAAGAAUCCUAAAAAGACCCUGGGCAAAAUCAAAUGGUCCAGAGAUGAGGACGAAAAGCUCAAGAAACUUGUUGAGCAACACGGAACUGAUGCCUGGAAAUUAAUCGCUAAUAAUUUUCCAACAAGGACAGAUGGCCAAUGUCAGCACCGUUGGCAAAAAGUGCUCAACCCAGAGCUGGUGAAAGGACCCUGGACAAAAGAAGAGGAUCAGAGGGUGAUCGAGUUGGUUCAUAAAUACGGGCCCAAACGGUGGUCAGUGAUCGCUAAGCACUUACAGGGCCGCAUAGGCAAACAGUGCCGAGAGCGCUGGCACAACCACCUCAACCCAGAGGUGAAAAAAUCCUCCUGGACGCAAGAAGAAGAUCACAUCAUCUAUGAAGCUCAUAAACGCUUGGGCAACCGCUGGGCAGAGAUCUCAAAACUGCUGCCUGGAAGGACAGACAACUCCAUUAAGAACCAUUGGAACUCCACCAUGCGUAGAAAAGUGGAACAUGAAGGUUACUUACAGGAGGCCAACAAGAGCAACAGAAGUGACCCGGGCCAGAAGAAAAAGGCCAAAGCCAGACCAGCUGUGGAUUAUCCACACAAACAGAAUCAAGGGCUCAUGUGUGGCCAGUCACAGCUGCCCAGAUACCCAUAUGAUUUACAAAGUAGCCAGUGUAUGGAAAGCUUUACUGUCGAGAUCUCUAGCUUUGUGUCGCCGUGCCAAGAGGACCCCGACAAAGAGAAAAGAAUUAAGGAUCUAGAGCUGUUGCUAAUGUCAGCUGAGUGUGAAGUCAGAAGACAGUCGGGCCCUCGUAACCCAGAGAGUUACUCCAGCUGGUCGGACAGCCUGCCGGAGGAUACCAUGGAGAGUCUGGAUGACAGAGGGGUGGAGCUGUGUGGUUUAGAGGAGGGUCGGGCCGCUGCUAUGCCCCUGCCUGUCUCUCCCAGCAAGUUCCUGGCUGCUGAGGCCAGUGCUGUGCUGUCCACGCUUGAGACCAUACCAGAGUUUGCCGAGACUAUGGAGCUUAUUGACUCGGACCCUCUGGCCUGGAGUGAUGUGACCAGCUUUGAUCUCUCUGAGGGUGACCCCUCCCCAAAGCCCAUUAACCCCAGCGGGGCUUGUCCAAACCUGGAAAGGACCACAGAGAACCUGGGCUACCCGAUAAACCCCCCUACUGUCCCAGAGAUGAGCAGUCAGUGUGCUGUUGUGAACCAGAGCAAGUGUGCGACUCUUUCGAACCCAUGCACGAACAGGUUCAGCUCUCCGCCACCAUCCAUCAUGAGAAAGAAGAGAAGAGAAAGAGGGGAUCAGUCACCUGCAGAUGAGAGGAAGUGCGGAUUCUAUGUAGAAAUCAGUGGGCUGUCGCCAAAAAACACCCCUGUCAAGGGUCUGCCCUUCUCCCCCUCUCAGUUUUUCAAUGUAUCUGGUGGUGAAGCCUUGAGCCUGGACAAUCCUGCCCUUACGUCUACCCCGGUGUGUGGACAGAAGUGUCUGCUCAGCACACCCCACCAGAGAGAGACCACCCCGAAACACCAGAAGGAAAAUGCAGGUUUUCGGACCCCAAAGAUUCACAGGAAUGUUAUGGUCCACACCCCACGAACACCCACACCUUUCAAAAACGCGCUGGCCGCUCAGGAGAAGAUGCACGGCCCAUUGAAAAUUGUGCCGCAAUCGCUCGCACUUCUUGAAGAGGACAUCAGAGAGGUUCUCAAGGAAGAAACCGGGUCUGACAUCUUCACACAAGAACAGAACCCGCUUCAGUACAGAACCUAUGAGCAGAUGGGAGCUCCUGCUAGUAAAGUAAGAAAGUCUUUGGUUUUGGACACUUGGGAUUGUUUGAACGUAAAGCUGUUUCCCCAACAGCAGAUUAACAACAAUGGAACGUCUAACAGUGAAGGUCUGCUGGCCAGCUCCAUGCUCAUGAUGCCGUUGACUGAGAGAGACGAGAACACUUGCUCUCCAGGAUCGCUGAAGACUUCACUUUCUGUCGUCCGCUCCCUCAGCCCACAAGGCAAAGGAGAGACCAUGAUCCAGAGGAGCCCACCGUACCAAAUCCCCACGACGGCCAACAACGAGUGGGAGGCGGUGGUCUUUGGAAAAACAGAGGAUCAGCUGAUCAUGACCGAGCAGGCUAGACGUUACUUAAAGCCCAGCAGCUGCAUUUCCAGAGCUCUCGUCCUCUAAGCGUCCCCUUUUCUCCAUCGCUCCAACAUUUAACCUCCUAGACAAUCUGACUUGUAGGAAACCCAAACGUUCACUAUGAUGUUUGCUAGACACCUACUGAUAUAACAAUGUACUGCUUAAGUUUAAUAGAGUCAUAGCAAAGCGCAUGCUGGUUGUCCUCCUGCUAAAAUACACUUAGCACUAGAUUUGCAGAAUUUAGCUUACGGUGUUUUUUAACGUAGAGAUGAAUUGUAUCCGUUUUUAUCUAUGGACAGUGCUGAUUUUAAGAGCUGCUUUUAAAGGAACCUUUUCAAAGAAAGGACACAAAAGGUUGUGGAUGUUUUUACGUUUUUUAGAGACUUGUAUAGACUCGGCAUAGGAAGCACUAGCAGUGUUGCACUACUGUGGUUGUUUGUUAGGGUGCGGAGCAGCGACGGUGUCGUAGGGUAACUGGAUAGCACUUGCAACGUAAUCGUAUCCGCUCCAAACGCAACAGGGUCAACCCCGAUGAUUAUCCUUUAUUCUGACUAGGACACUCACUGAAUGUAUUGUAUAGCAUGAAUAUAAGUUAAUGUCUACUGGAAGGUACCUCGCAACUGUUUUCUGUUUUAAAGUGAAGGAUGUUGAAAUGCAUCUUGAAAAUCUGGAGACGUAACAUCGCUGACUCAAUCCAGCAUCGUGGCUGCUCGUGAAAUUUAGCUGAAAUCAUGUUUGGUACCCAUGGCACAAGAUGCGUCACAAGUAACACGUUCCAAGAACAGAUUGGUGGGAGAGAUUCGUUGGUUUAGAGCUGUAGGUUCUAUUUAUUAAAUCUUUACUAAUUUAUUUAUUUUAAAGAUAUAAAGAAAAUGUCUAAUUAUAUUUCUGAAGGAUUUGACUACCUUCCGUUUGUUUUGGUGUCUAACAACCGCUAAUUUCUCGCAUCUGGGUCGAACAGGCCUAUACCGUAACAUUUUUUCAAGGAUCCGUCCUCUUGAUUUUAAGCCGAUUGGUUGGUCGUAAAGGUAGCAGCAAGCAGCAUUCAGCCUCCAUGUGUUUCAAGUAGAGAAAUUGCACUUUUAAAUGUAUAAUUGUUGGUUCGUCUCUUGUAUCUAUUUUGUUUUAUGCCCUCUGUAGUGUUUACAAUUUGCUGUAUGUGGUGGUUGAAUGUAUUUACACAUAUAACACUGACAUGUCACAAUGACAUCUGAAGCGUAAUAUGGUGUAAAUAAACAGAGUUUUAGUACUCUGGAGAAUGAAGUAAGGUUUUACUCGCUGCUAAUGACAGUUACAGCAGGAAUGGACACAUACACAAUUUUUCUAAAGGAAGUGUAGGACAAUUGCUUUGCUCUCAUAUGAAGUGAAAUGUUUUGUUUGCUUUGAGGACAGUCCUUGUGAAAUAGUUCAAGGUUAUUCGCAUUUAGUCAGGGAAAGAAUAGACCCCAACAUUGAAGGUUUUAUCAGUAUUAGGGUCCGACCUAACACAUUGGUCUUAUUAAAUUGUUAGGUUACUAAGUGGCUUUCUGCGAUUGUAACCCAGCUUUUAAACACACAAAUACUGACCAUUUGAAUUUACAAACACUACUAGGUAGCAAACUACACAUUGUGCAUAAAAAAAAGUAAUGUAUGUAACAUUGUAGAUAACUGCUUUAAGAUAUGUUUGUCUGUUUUGGCCGUCCUCAUUUUGUUUGUGUGUAAAGGUCUUGUUUGUUUCUCUUAUUUUCACAUUUUUAACGUAACCGUACGUUGAGGGAAGCGAAUGUAUCAAAUUGACACACAUGAAGGCAAGCAACACGUUCACAUGACGUAUUCACUCUUCAUGCAAUAUAUAUUUUAUUGUAUUUGACAACUAUAACCAGCUUCUGAUAUUACAAUAAACAAUUCUCAUUCACAUACCUAAAAAUAAAU